AUGGCCUACCAACAGCCUCACACCCCCGGCGGCUACCCGCCCGCCGCUGGCUAUCCCGGCGCCGUCGGUGCGCCUGGCGGCGGCUACCCUGGCGCCCCCGGCGCUGGCUAUGGUGCGCCUGGUGGCGGCUACCCGGGCGCCCCCGGUGGCUACCCUGGUGGCGGCUACCCGCCCGCCGCUGGCGGCUACCCCCCUGGCGCUGCCUACCCCCCGCCCCCGGCCACGCUGCGGGCUACCCCCCUGCCGCUGGCGGCUUCGGCCUCUCGACGCCCACCUACGGCGCGCCGAGCCAUGGCGCCCCCCCUACAUCGUGCCCGAUUGGCAAGGAUCCGCACAAGGCCCAGAAGAAGCUCGACAAGGAGAAGCACAAGCUCGAGAAGAAGACCCACAAGGCCGAGCACAAGGCCCAGAAGAAGGCCCACAAGUACGGCGCCUGCCCAUCAACCACCGCUCCCGCCCACGGCACUGCCCCCGGGCUGGGGAUGGGCCAGCCCGCCUACGGCGCCUACCCCCCUGGCCCUGCCUACGGUGCCCCUGGCCAUGGCGCGCCCUACUACCCGCCCGGCCCUGGCGCCCCCGGUGGCUACCCUGGCGCUGGACCCUCGUACGGCGCCCCCGGUGCCUUCCCCCCUCAUGGCGCGGCGGCCUCCUUCUCGCAGACCACGACCACCGUCACCACGGGACCCGUGGGCGGCCCGCCCCCUGCCCACGGCGGCGCCCCUCUCGGCCAGCCCUCCUACGGCGCCCCUGGUGCCCACGGCUCCCCUGCCUAUGGCGCCCCGCCUGCUCACGGCGCGCCCUCGUUCGGCUCCAGCGCCCCGCCCCCUGGCGGUGCCCCUCACCGCCCUUAAUGGAAGGGAAGUAAACACCAUCUACUUCCUCUCAUCUUCACCCACACACCUCAGGGUGUAG